UCCGUAUUAUUAAAAAAAAUGAAGUCCUUCGCCAAUACAACUAUCACCAUCCUAUUAGUCGUGGUGAUUGUCAGUACCCAAGACGUUAAUCUACUUUUGCAGAACAAAGAUCUUGUUGAUCAGGAAAUUGGCUGCCUUCUGCAGCGUAAUCCCUGUGAUUUCAUUGGCAACUAUCUUAAACGCUCAAUGUCAGAAAUUUUGAAUGGCUGUCGUCGAUGUACUGCCCAGCAGGCGACUGUCGCCAGAAUACUCGUAGAUUUUAUGCAGACAAAUUAUCCGAGCGAGUACUCUAUGAUAAUUCAGAUGUAUGAUAAACGAGGUUAA